UCGUCCCCCUCCUGUUGGCGUUUUGGUGUGCGGCCUGGCUUGCCACCAGCUACAUCAUGACGGUCGUCCUCGGCCAUGCAGCCUCGCCACUGAUGAGCAUCAGUGACGUGGGAAAUGUCUUUCCCGAAAGCAUAUUAUUCAGAAUUGGAUUUAUAGGGACGUCCAUUGGCACUUUGGUACUAACCUUUCUUAUUUAUAAGUAUAUGGUUAUGCAUACUGAAGAGUUCAGGGGUCAUCAGGUCCUGAUCCAGAGGAUCCUGCUGGCCAUUGUGUGGGCCUCCUGUUUUUCCACAGCUGUUAUGCAUAUAUUAUCCCCCGAAGAAUAUCCCAGGAUACACUUUGUCAGCACGAUAAUUUCCAUUACAUGUGAAGCCUUAUACUACCUUGGGCAGUCCAUCCAGAUGUAUAAAUUACCAGGAGCAAAAAAAGUCAUCCACCAUAGUAGAUGCACCUGCUGUGGCCUGACUUUUGUCUGUGUAGUUUUCUAUUUUGGAUAUGAAACAUUAAAGGAAUUAUUCCAUAAUGAUGAAGACUGGGACGAGAUCCGUGAAAUCCCCAUCAUAAUCAUCGAGUGGGUGAUGCUUCUACUGAUCCUGAUAAACAUCGUGACCUAUUAUUCCACCAUGCAGAGGUUAUUGUUGACCGUCUCCAGAAACAGCUGCACACUCUCUCUUAGAGUAAAAAUUGAUGACUUCGGGGUGUAG